CCUCGCUGGGCUCACGCGGUCCAAAAUCCAAAGGACACCCGUGAGGUCAAAUACAAUGCAGAGGUUACUGCCGAACUGAACUCUUACGAAGCGCUUGCCAUCGUUGAUAAGCAACCUGGAUCGUUGGUCAUCAACAAUUUGAGGGAUUGGGAGAAAGAUGCCGUCUACCAAAUCGCUGCUCCUCAUCGAUCUGGAGGCGAUUUCUCACUUACCCCUCUCAAGUGGUCUUCGCCUGAGAAGCACAUAGUCAGAAAACCAUCCGCUGAGGAGCAGAUGGCUGUACUCAACUUCGGUAAACUGAUUGGCUCAUUGGCUGGUGGCAAAAUUGUGAAGGUUCCUUAUGCUGAGGAGUUUACUGGUGCUAUCCCCGUCAUGGACACUGAGGUUCCUGGAGAAAAGUUCUAUUAUCUACCCGCUCAGAUCGAACAACUCGCGAUGAACUGGCGAUACUUCGAGACAAAGCCUUCCUAUAUCGUCAUGAAGGCUGGCGAGAUGCCCAGCUACGUUUUCUGGAAGCGCAAGGCAGAAUUCGCACCAUCAUACACUGAGGCGGAGCUCCUGGAGCACCACAGGAAUAUUAGAUCGGGUGCACCUACACCAGAGGCACGUCAUAGUCCUCUUGAUGCCACUGCACCUGUAGCAAGUCCUGCUCCGCUUGCUAUCAACGUCGACAACGCCGCCGAGGUGAGCAAGGAAAAGCAGGCUCAACGAGUCUGGGAGGUCUUUGAUCCUCGCCUCGAACAAGAUCCCAUCGAGUUCUUGGAAUUCUACAACACUUGCUUGUAUGGACGUAAAGGAAUCAGAUCCAAGUUGAUGCUUCGUGAAGCUGAUAUCGACCGCGUCAACUACAUCAGCCCUUGUCUUGCACACAACCACAAAGAGCCUGCCAAGGAGUCAGAAGGCGCUGCCGUCGAGGAGAUUGCCAUGGACAUCGACCCCGUGCGCAAUGCCCCUUCGCCUAAGAUCGUUAGACCCUCUGCCUCGCAGCCUUCCGAUGCUGUUGCCCCCAAGCCAUGGGUACAGCCUGGACCCAUCGCUGACGAUGACCCAUCAUGGCUAGGUUUCUUCGCCAGACAAGACAAAGAGACACAGAUCAGAAACGCACGUAUGCGACCCAAGCCCGUCUUCACCACCGAGUUCUGCAACUUACCUUGCACAACGACGCUUAAUCCCAAGAAGGCAGUUCUGACACGCGAGUUGUAUGACAAGUACUACCAUCGUGCCGUCUUGGCCCAUCGCGAGAUUGAGAGCCGUUCCAAGUGCUGUCUUGCCUGUGGACUCCAGUGGACCAAGUGUACCACAACAAGAUAUAACCACUACAAGCAGCAUCGUGCCGAGCUCAAGCUGUACCUCAACCAUUUCCAGAACGAGAAUCCUCUCAUGGAGGAUCCAUUGCGUGUGGAGAAUCUGGAUGCAGCAAAGACUUCUACGGUCAAGGGCGUGCCUGAGAUCAACUGGUUCAAAGAACUGGAAACCAUCAUUCUCAACAUGGAGAACGAGCUGCUCGAGCGUCAGCAAACUUGCCGUAUCUGCGACAAGCAUGUCGACUUUGGCGACGAAAGCAUGGCUGAUCAUUACCAAAAGCAUGCGGACCAGCGUAAGCAGUUGCGAACUGUUGGUGCCAUUGUGAGCUCAGUCCCGGAUACUCCCACUGCUGUCAUUGUUACAAGUAAUGGAGCAACUAUUCUUCCUACUUCGACGUCUGAAAAGUCCUCGCCUGCACGUAGCUACCACAAGCCCUCAUACACACCACCACUUAUCAGAAAGGUUCAAGCCGAGGAACGCAAGAGGAAGUCAGACCUAGCCGCGGUCGCCAUCAUGAUGGCAGACAAGGCAAAGGAGCUGCAGGAGACUGGAACCAUCCAGUCUACCUUGCCAUCUCCUAUCUCUCUUACUUCAAUGUCCAACUCGAGCAGACCUGUCUUUACAGCACCCAACGAUGUGAUGGACACUACAGAGGAUGGACCCAUCCACUCGAACAUCGUUGGCAAGACCACAGCUCGACUUGCCCUCGAGCCUUGGAUGAAGCCUACGACGCCCAAGUCCAUGUCUCCUGUAGCUACAGCGGAUGACAUGGAUUUCCUUUCUGGAAAGGACGCUUACACGGUUCCCACAAUGAGUGCGGACACAGAGCGUGCCGUGAGGGCUGGACAUCGUCCCGCAAAACGCGCAAGACUGAGUCCCAAGAUCCAGACUAGUGUCAUCGAGGUCGAGGACGAUGACACUGAUCUCUAUACUGCUCCUUCCCCUGUUGCUUCUGUGGAAGAAGAGAAAGCCGAAUCUAGUCCCGAAGAUCCGGAACUGGUGGCGGCUCUGAGCCAGCUCAAGAAUUACUGCGAAGCCACGAAUGUUCCCAGCAAGGCGCUCGAGAAUGCUCAUGCAAUGGUGGUUGUCUGUUACCAUUCGGGCGAUUACAAGGAGAUACCCAUAGCACUACUCCUCUUGGCAUGUGUGUACUACGCCUGUCGCAACAACGGAUCCUCCCGCAGCUUCCAAGAACUCUCCAAGGCCGGCUACACACCCGAGGCGAUCAGAGAAGCAGUCGAAAGCCUACCCGAGCACUUUCUCGAAUCCAGAAUCUUCGCCAGUCCUCGCUCAAAACAGCGUCUCGCAAGCCGCGAGGCCAAGAACCGUCAAGUCUUGCCUGAAGCCCUAGACGACGAUAUCGAUUUGUACACCUCCCAUGCUCCUGGUUCGGCCGCUGCUGUCGAGGAAGAGGCUGACUAUGACCACACAGAGAUCAUUCAAGCCAUUCGCAGCAACUCGGGCGAGCUGGUCGCCUUGGACGAUUCCGAGUCGAUCGAGAGCGAAGAGGGCGAGGAGGUGCCUAGGGAGUUUGGACUCUGUGAGCCCGGUCGCGGCCCCGUCCAUGGUCUUGACAGUGACGAGGACGAGGACACCGACGGCGAUGAGGACGCCGAGGACAACGGAGAUGCCGACGACAAAGAGGACAGCGGUGAUAAAGAAGAUGCCGAUGCCAAUGAGGACGUCGAUGAAGUGCCCAAGCAGGAUGGAGCUGACGAGGGCAAUGACUCCGAGGACUUUGACGACAGUACCAGCGAAGACUUCUGGUUUGCCGAUGAAGAUGCUCUCGACUUCGAUGGUGGCUUCGACGUUGAUCAGAUGGUCGAUGCCGCCACACACGAUUUGAACUUGAUUCCUGAGCAACUGUUUCAAGCUAGAGAUGCUACCAAGGCGCUUGUGCGUGGGAUUCGCGAAGAUUCUGUCUCUACCAGGAAACACGGCCUUCACCAAAGAGAAUGGACACAAAACGCGGUGAGAAACCUCUUUGUCCCGUGCGAGGAGGAGCCUGUACUCGAUGCUGCAAGAAUCCUUGCUCAUGCCACUGGAAAUCGCAAUCUUCGCAAGAUGAACCUCAACCUUCAGCAGGCUUUCUCCGCUGUCGAUAUGACCAACGCACUCGUUCAUUCAUUCCAAACAGAUGAGGAGGGGCCACCGAGUGAUUCUACGACAGAGCAAUGGAUUGAAGGCUGGGUCGUAGACCACUUGUACAACCUCAACAAGGUACUCGAACGCAAGCGCUCCACCAAGACGCCCACCAAGCGUGCUGAGUUCAGCUUCAAGGAUGUUCAUGUCGAUACCAGUGAUCUGCUGAAUGGUGUCCGGCUCGAGCUGUAUGAUCUGUGGAGAAUCAUCAUCAAGGCCAAAGAGGCUUUCGAACAGUUGGUUGCUGCAAAUCGCAAGGGCCCUCUCUCGGAGAUCAAGUACAGAGUUGUUGAGGCUUCUCCGAGACACGACGGCCUCGAUCUUGAGCACGAAGACCUCGAAAUCGACCAGUUGCUGACGGACGCUCUUGAUUGGGGAUGUGGUGCCAACAACCUGAAGAUUCUCUCGGACAGAGCCUUGGAGAUGGCCAUAGAAAAGGUCAAGGCCGAACGCGCCUCACAUAGUGAAGGUCAUCCUGUCAUCGCUAGAACCAGAAUUGUGCGUGAAGUCCAGGCAUUCGUUCGAUCCGAGAUCGAAGCAGAGAAGCGCUGGAGGCGAAAGCAAGGCCAGACUACUCCUACCCCUUCGUCUGCGAAAUGGUCAACCGAAGCUUCAGCAAGUCGCACCCCUCGCACUCCUAUCAACUCGCCUUGGACACCGGUAGCUCCCCAGGCCAGCAACAGCAGUGAUUUUAGCGGCAAGCGCAAGCGUCCAGCACCCCUGCCCACUCCUGCCUCCAACCGCAAGCGCAAGGGUAGCGAUGACUUCUUCCAACCUGGUCCUCCCACCCCUUUCAACCCCGACGAGGUGUCACCAAGAAUGCGCAAGAUGCCACGUAGGAGCGACGACCCACUCUACCGCCCUGGCUCUGCCCUCUUCGACCCCACUACCCCACCUUCGACACCCAAGCCCGGCAAGCGUAGUAGCAUUCAAAAAGCUACCGAUCGCACUGCCAAGAAGGUCGAGAAGACGUUGAAGAAGAAGCAAGCCAAGAAAGCUGAGAAAAAGGCCGCGAAGAAGGCAGAGAAGAUUGAGGAUAAGAAGGGCAAGAAGGUCACCUUCGACGCCGCCUUGGGCUCGAUGACAUCUUCCCCCAAGCCUUCCUCAUCUCCACCAAAGUCAUCGCCUCAGGUGAUGAUCACGAAGAAGGCUAGGUCACCAAGCCCUGCACCUGCCAAGAAUGCCACCAAAGUCGUUGGCUCCAAGUCAUCAAGGGGUGUCAAGAAAUCCGCCGCCAAAUCUGGCGUCAAGAAGACUGCGACCAAAUCCAAGAAGACUGACGUUGUCGCUGCUGCCACAAGACCGAAGCGUCAAGCUGCCAUCGAGGCCGAGAAGAGUUUUGGAAAGACGAAGAUCAUUGGAUGA